UGCGACUUACCAUCAUCAUCUACACACCGUAAAUCGCACAAAAUGUCGUCUGGAGGAACACAAUCACCACCUCUUGAAUAUACAAACUCACAUUGGCCUAUGGGGGUUUCCUCCAUUGAUGGUAGUGUCUCGAAGCCAAUGUUGGAUGCGGAGCAACGAAAGACCUACUUCGCUGAGCCGGAGCCGGUGAGUUUACUACCGAGAGUAGCGGGACCCAUGUGAUCAUCAGUUAACUCUCCCACCAGAAAGAACGUGGAGGAACUAAGGAGACGGGAAAAGAGCAGCGAAAUGAACCUGCCAAGGAGAAGCAAUGAUUGAUUGCUAAAACUAAUCAUGGCAACGCCAUUAGUUCACGGAUCAAU